AUGUUGUACGAGUCUACAGCACAACAACAACUUGCAGGCACAAUCCUCACUGGUCCCCAAUUUGCCCCCGCGACAACGGGUUCCACCAUAUCGGUCUUCACCACAGAGUACUGCUUCACCGCUCAAGCCGCCAACUCUGCCUCGCAAUGGCCCGCGACCUACACGGUGCAGGAAGUCUGUACCGGCGACCAGUCGACUUGGACAGCUCCAGCGCCACCACCCAACUUUGUCACCACCAUCGUCACCUGUAACGCCUGUGAGACGCCCACGCAGACCAUCACCUGCCCGCUAAACACGGCGGGCCGUAGGGGCGCCGUGAGCAUCUGGGGCAACGGCGUCACCGCCACCGCCGCCACGGCCACGGCCACGCCAGUACUGAACGCCUCCGAGGGCGCCGGCACGAGGACUGCAUGCUGCGGUGGUUGA